CCGUAAAAAAAACACAUCUCCAAUGGCAUGGACAAAAACAAACAAAUGUUGGUUUCCUUUUUUUUUGAAUAAAAGUGCAACAAAACCACAUUUAUAACUUCUAUAGAACCGGAGAAAUAUGGCAGCUUUAAAUAUGGAUGCCUUGGAAUUGAACAGCAAACCUUCGCAGCCAAAAUCAAUGUCGAAAUCGGCCAAAUUUCUAAUUUUUGCCACUGGUGGAGUGGGCAUUGGAUUGUCAGUAGUCUGUGCCUCGUUUGUUGCGCCCGCUUUCCGAAGAAUUUGUCUGCCAUACGUUCCUGCCACUCCAGAACAAGUUUCGAAUGUUCUUAAGUUUUUGCCGAGCAAGGGUCCCAAGCGUUUGCUGGACAUUGGCUCGGGAGAUGGAAGAAUUGUAAUUGCCACUGCCAAACAUGGCAUUCAGUCGGAUGGUGUAGAGCUUAAUCCAUGGCUGGUGUGGUGGUCACGUUUAGCUGCAAUGCGCGAAGGUGUCAGCUCAAAAACCAAGUUCUUCCGCAGAGAUUUGUGGAAGUUUAGUUUAAUGCCAUAUGAUUAUGUCGUGAUUUUUGGCGUGGAACAAAUGAUGAAAGAUCUGGAAACUAAACUAGUGACUGAAGUUCCUUCCUCCAAAGUGAUAGCCUGUCGUUUCCCCCUGCCAACAUUAGAACCCCUAAAGGUAAUAGAGGAUGGUGUAAACUCUGUAUGGUUCUAUGAUUUAAGCAAAGCCAAAACCCGGGCUCAAGAAAGCUAGUUGGGUCUGUUACAUUUUUCAAUAUCAUAUUUAUUUUUUUGAAAAAAAUAAAAAACAUUGUGAUUUAAAUGCAUUUUUGACGGCUGACAAAAAGAAGGAAACAUUGCAAAA